GCUCCCCGCCGCCGCCCAUGAGCGCUGCGCGGCGCGGCCCGGGUCUGUAGGCGGCGGGGCGCCCCCCCAUGCUGCUGCAGCCCGCGCCGUGCGCCCCGAGCGCGGGCUUCCCGCGGCCCCCGGCCGCCCCCGGCGCCAUGCACGGCUCGCAGAAGGACACCACGUUCACCAAGAUCUUCGUGGGCGGCCUGCCCUACCACACCACCGACGCCUCGCUCAGGAAGUACUUCGAGGGCUUCGGGGACAUCGAGGAGGCCGUGGUCAUCACCGACCGCCAGACGGGCAAGUCCCGCGGCUACGGCUUCGUUACUAUGGCCGACCGGGUUGCAGCUGAGAGAGCUUGCAAAGACCCUAAUCCCAACAUCGACGGCCGCAAGGCCAACGUGAACCUGGCAUAUCUGGGCGCCAAGCCGAGGAGCCUCCAGACGGGCUUUGCCAUCGGCGUGCAGCAGCUGCACCCCACCUUGAUCCAGCGGACUUAUGGGCUGACCCCCCACUACAUCUAUCCGCAAGCCAUCGUCCAGCCCAGUGUGGUGAUCCCGGCUGCCCCAGUCCCGUCGCUGUCCUCGCCCUACAUCGAGUACACGCCAGCCAGCCCGGCCUAUGCGCAGUACCCGCCAGCCACCUUUGACCAGUAUCCCUACGCCGCCUCGCCCGCCACGGCCGCCAGCUUCGUGGGCUACGGCUACCCGGCCGCCAUGCCUCAGGCGCUGUCGGCCACAGCCCCCGCGGGCGCCGCCUUCGUGCAGUACCAGCCUCCGCAGCUGCAGCCCGACCGGAUGCAGUGAGGGCGCCCCCUCCUGGGCCCUGGGCCCGCGGCCCCGGCACCCCCACGCCGGGUGAGCGGCUGGCCGCGCUUCGGCGUGCACACCCGCGCGUGUGCCUCGGGAGAGCCCGCAGGAACCCCCGCCUGACCCCGGAUGGGCUGGAGACCACUUCUCUCUAAAUCCAGGCCCCGCCACGCCUCGAGGGAGGACUCUGGGGAAAAAGACUGACCGAACGCUCUUUGAAGAAGCAACCCAGACCUCGCGCACACCGCCACCCUUCCUCCCGCACCUGCCGCCCCUCCCCGCACCCCAGGCGCCCGCGGGCCCGCCCCCCAGCGCCCGGCCGGGGCCCUCGCCGCCCUGCACAGACUGGCUGCCCGUCGGGCUCUGCAGACGCUUCGUCCUGCCCGAGAUGCCUUAGUCCAGCGCCGCCCGAGAGUGUGGCAGGGGCGGGCUGUGUCCGCAGGUGCACCCGCGGGGCCGGGCGCCGCCGCCGGGCGUGCGGGGGCGGGGGCACCUGCCUCCGGAAUUCGCGUCUUCUAGACCACAGCCCACCACGCCCCCACCCCCACCCCCCGGGCUCCCGGGCGCAGCAGGGCCCCUGGCGACGUCCCUUUCUGUCAAAGCUGCAGCUCUUUUCUUACUGUCAUUGUUUUGCUACUAAGAUGAUUUCAGAAUGUCAGUCUAUUUUUUCAACCGGCACUCCCACCACCAAGAAUCCAGAACCUAUUUUUGACUUUGAGAGACUCGCUUUGGUCGACGGCUCCGCCCGAGGACACAGUGACAGUAUUUCCGUGUGAUAAAGCGCCCCUCAGAGGGCAGGCGUCUCCAGGCCCGUCUCGCUAGGCGACAGCAAGUUGUCUCAGAGCUUGUCCCCCGGCCUUGUCCGCAGGGGGCGGCAGGGAGUGGGGCCCAAGGUGAUACGCUGGCCAAGGGGCCGCAGCGCAGUGUCCCGGCCAGUGGUGGGGGGCCUCCGAGUGCAGAGCCACACAGCCGCGCCCGUCCGCCCUCCCUCGCGGUGUUACCCGCUGUAUACCAGCCUGGGCGGUGGGAUCGAGCUGAGACACAUCCCACCUGCCUUGGGGUCUCGCUCAGUUCAGGGUGGAGGCGAGAUGUUCCAACAGGGCGGGGCACCUGGGCCCUGCGGUGGCCCCUGGCUCCGAGGAGGAGGGGAGUGAGCUGAGGGGCAGCCUGGCAGAGGAGACGGGCAGAGGGAUUUGGGGAGAGCGGGCCGCAGAGUUGGGGGGCACUGGGGGUAUUCCUUCGGACCUACCUCAGGGAAGUGGGAGGCCUCAGGGGGCUGACCGACGUGGGCAAGCACUUAGCGGCACGCCUGGUACAGAGCCAAGGCCCAGAAAAUAAAGGUAGCUAAUAUUAUAAUAAUAUUUUUAUUAGAACG